AUGUAUUCCACGUCCACGUCGCAGAAGUAUUCGUUGCCGCGGUUGCCCAAAAACCAGUCGAUCCAGUAUUCCGUGUACUCUGAGCCCGAGUCGCUUGUGUAUUCAGCAGAGGCCAUGAGGAAAGAGAUGAGAGAAAAAAACACUCGUUUUUUUUCUUUAAUCACCAUGUACUUUUUGAGCGGGACGUUUUCCGAGUCGACGGCCUAUUUCGUCGCCGUGAACGCCACCAGCCAGUACGUGGCGACUGCGGGCAACGACGCGUCCAUCAUGGUGCGGUCCAUGGCCAAAUUUGUCAACAUGGUGCCCGAGGGAGAUCAGGUCGAGACAAAGACCCCUUCGCAGGUGCAAACGGCACCCACCAUCGACAAGGCCAAGGUUGCCGAGGCGCAAGUCCCGGACAACGUGGUGACUCUGCGCACACGGAGCAAGAUCGCCGCGUUACGGUACGCCAAUCUGCGUCAGAACGCGCAUCUGCUCGUGGCAUUGUGCAAGAAUGGCGAGGUUUUCCUCGUGGAAAACCCGCACGAUAAGGACAAAUGCGCCACCACAUUGCUGUACCGCCAGAAAAAGGGCCAAUUGAUCGAUUUCUCGUGGUCCGCAGACGACCAAUUGCUUGCGUUCUCGUCCAUGAACAACGAGGUGGUCAUCUACGACGUUUUGUACAAGAAACAGCUCACCAGUCUCCACAUCCACAGCUCCGACGAUACCAUCGCAGUUAAGGGAAUCGCGUUCGACCAUUCCGCAGGAAAGUACCUGUUCACCCAGGGAGACGACAAAUUGGCCAACAUCGUCGAGUACACCUUGCAAGAAGACGUGGAGCAUGGAAGAGUCUUCAAGUACAAGAUUUCGCAGCAGCUGUCGAACCUGUCGAGCAAUCUCAAGGUCAAGGCCAACCUCAGCAAGGUCUCGUGGUCGCGGGAUGACAAGGUUCUUGCGUGUCCGAAUCUGGGCAAGGGAAAGUCUUCGUUGGUGGCUUUGUUGAACAACGCAGACGGAUCGAGUUGGAACAGCUGGUGCAAUCUGAUUGCUGCGGAUUUCAGGUGUAUCAUGACGGCGUUUUCGCCGUGCGUGUUUUCGAACCCGGCCAAUAAGGACGCCUCUGACGUGAGCCCAACUACAGGAAAAUACUACUACGUGCUGGCCACGGCCUCCACAGAGAGCACGCUGGCCAUUUGGAACACCGCGUCGAGCGCCCCGUUGAUCAUAGCCAGCGAGAUCAGCACCAACGCGAUCCAGGACAUUUGCUGGAGCAUGGACGGACGUCUGCUCUUUGUCACCACAGCAGCUGGCGAGCUGCUGAUUGGUGUUUUCGGUGAGCUCGAGCUAGGAAACUCGGUCACCGACUCCUUGUACAAAUUGCAACAGCUGGAAUCCUCUGUUGCCGCAAAACUUCCCGAGCAGGUGAAAAAAAGAGACGAGUGGGCCAAACGGGUCCAGUCUGCGUCGUCGACUGGUUCUGGCGCCGAGACGAAGAAGCCGGCUGUCAAGAAGGAAGCGAACGGGGCCUCUGUGUCCAAUGGCUCCACUGCUGCCAACGGGGCUGCUCCGCCUGGCGUUUCCACGGAACCAGUGGAUAUCAAGAAAAGACCCGUUUCCAGCACAGAUUUCGACGCACCGUCCACUUCUGUGCCUCGAGAGCUGUCCCAAAAGGCAAACAAGAUCAUCAAGAAGGACGAUUCUGCGCAAAACGGCAAGAAGAAGCGCGAACUCGAGCCGCAGGACUUUGUCGGUUCUGUGGUGCUGAAUCCCCAGCUCUCGUUCAGCAACGUGCGGAUCUCCAUCUCAAAAGUGCGGCUCAACUUCUUCCGCACGCUCACAGAAGACGAGUCCAUCUACUUGGACAUCAAAAACGGCUCAGGGUUCGAGUCUGUGCCGACUCGUAUAGCGUUGAUGAAAAAAGUGUCUGAGGAGACCAGGAAACAGCUGUUUGUGGACUUUAUUCCGUUGAGAGUGCACUUGGUGACCGGCACCGAGAAAUACUGGGCUGUUUCCACCACGACGGGACAGCUGAUUGUUUACGGCACGUCCGGACGCCGUGUUCUGCCUCCGCUGGUUCUAGGGUCGCCGCUCUCCUUUUUGGAGAUGAGCGGCCAGUACCUUCUUGCGGUGACCAGUGUCGGCGAGAUGUAUGGCUGGGACCUGGGCGAUCCCAAGGGACCCAAGGCAUUAUUUCGUCCAACAUCGCUGUAUCCGCUGUUGCAACCAAUUUACAGAGCAAACACGUACGAGACCGUGACGGAGGCCAACGGGCUGGUGUUUGUGAACGGCGACCUGCUCACGCGGUCGGAGAACCUGACCAUGUGCUCGAUCUCGACCAAAGGUGUUCCGAUUGUCACGCUGAGCAACGGAAACGGGUACCUGUACGACGGGAACAUGGGGGCCUGGUCUCUGGUGAGUGACUCUUGGUGGGCGUUUGGGUCGCAGUACUGGGACUUUACGCGGUCGCAGCUGGACGAUGGGACGAUUGUGGGAGCUCUGGAGAGCCGGACGAACGAGGAGCUGUUGCGGAGAGGAAAAGGCAAGCUUUUGAAUAAGAUUUCCAAGGUGAUGUUGAUGAAGGAAGGGUACGAGAACCUGGAGACGGUGAUUUCUUUGAACCAUCUGGAAAACAAGAUCUUGGUGUACCAUCAGCUGCAAGACUCUAAGAGUUUCAAGAGUUUCCUGACACUUUACGUGAAACGGCUUUGUGAGCUGAACCUGAAGAACCGGCUGCUGGAACUGUUCCAGGAACUGUAUUUCAACGAGGACGAGAAACUGUGCGGCCUGGACCGACGCGAGCUGCUCAAGUCGUUGAUCUACAGCUGUUCCAAGUACAGAGAGGUGCAACGGAUUCUGAUGGUUUACGGCGAGAAUCUCGGCAUUGUGGAGCAAGAUUUAUUAUAA